AUGGGAGGCUUCGGAGCCGGGUUAGCAAAAAGAAGGGAAUUGUUUGAGAGUUCAGUCAUCCAAAAAACCUUCUUCCAUAUGGAGGCUCUGGCUGCCUCGAUCCCAGUGGCUUUCUCGGCUCUCUGCAGUUUCUUCUUCCUCUUCCGCUCAGCUUUGUAGGGAAGCUGCGGACUCUUCCUAAAAGCAGCCAGCUCCCAAGUACAACAACCUCCCUUUCUCCCUUAAACCUCCUCCAUCCAGAUUCUCAACAUCAGCUUUAUUUUGGGCGCAUCACGAAGCUGAAUUUCCACCCUUAAGUCCUCUGGGGCAGCUUAUGGGAACUUCACUUGGCAUCUUUUGCUCCAGACUCCUCUGCAUGGGAUGGCCAUGAUAUCAGAGGGGGAAAGACCAAUGACUGCUAUCAUCGUCUGUUUGCUCUUGGCAUCUGCUGGUUGCAUUGCAAAUUUGGGUCAAUCUCAUCAGGUCACCGUGCAGCCUGCUUCUAUGGUCCAGAAGUAUGGUGGCUUGGUAAGCUUGAGGUGUGUGGUCGAGCCCUUGACUGUAAAUGUGUCCUGGAGACUAAAUGGAAAGGAGCUGUUUCACUCAGAUGACAUCCCGGGGAUCCAUAUUGAUCAGAGAUUGCUUACCAUUGCUUCCUUAAACAACGACACAGUGGGCCGAUACCAGUGCAUAGCCCGUGUGCCUGAAGGUGUUGUUGCCAGUGUUCCAGCCAUGGUAACAUUAGCUAAUCUCAAAGACUUCAAAUACGAUGGCCAGCAUGUGAUAGAAGUUGAUGAGGGCAAUACAGCUGUAAUUGCCUGUGAUCUUCCUGAAAGCCACCCAAAGGCCCAGGUUCGAUACAGUGUGAAACAUGAAUGGCUGGAGGUCUCCAGAGAUAACUAUCUGAUCAUGCCAUCUGGGAAUCUUCAGAUAGUCAAUGCAAGCCAAGACGAUGAGGGAACUUACAAAUGUGCGGCGUACAACCCUAUCACCCAGGAAGUAAAAACAUCUGUGUCUAGCGAAAAACUCCGUGUGAGACGCUCCACAGCUGAAGCAGCUCGCAUAAUUUAUCCACCAGAGGCUCAGACCAUCAUUGUCACUAAGGGUCAAACUCUAAUCCUUGAAUGCGUGGCUAGUGGGAUUCCACCUCCACGUGUCACGUGGGCUAAGGACGGCUCCAAUAUCUCUGGCUACAACAAGACUAGAUUCCUUCUCAGCAAUCUUCUAAUUGAUGCAAUCAGUGAGGAAGACUCAGGGACCUACAGCUGUAUGGCUGACAAUGGCAUGGGUGAGGCUGCAGCAGCAUUCAUUCUCUACAAUGUUCAAGUGUUUGAACCCCCGGAGGUUGUCAUGGAACUAUCUCAGCAGAUCAUCUCAUGGGGUCAAAAUGCAAAGUUCACCUGCAAAGUUCGGGGGAACCCCCAGCCAUCAGUUGUGUGGCUGCGUAAUGCAGUUCCUCUCUUCUCCAGCCACCGAAUGCAACUCUCUCGCAAGGCCCUACGUGUCUCCAGUGUGGGGCCUGAGGAUGAAGGGAUAUAUCAGUGCAUGGCAGAGAAUGAAGUUGGGAGUGCACAGGCUAUGGUUCAGCUGAGGACUACUGGGCCUGGAACAACUCUGAAGCCACAGCAAGGUUCUGUUGCCGAUUCAGCUCAAUCUGCCUUGUCACCUACCCUGCUUAGCAACAGUGAAAAAAUGCUGAAAGACAAAGCAAACUUCCUAAGACCCAGGCCCACGACACCAUCUGUGUCUGUUCAAUGUACUACCAAAGAGUUGGUGUCUCCAGCUGAGGCCCCAGUCAUCCUUAGCUCUCCCCGGACUACUAAAACUGAUUCAUAUGAGCUGUUAUGGAAACCACGGCAUGAUGGCAGAGCCCCCAUCCUCUACUAUGUUGUAAAACAUCGCAAGGUAAUGAAUUCUUCAGACAGCUGGACAGUCAGGGAUGUCCCUGCCAACCAGCACCAUCUGACUCUAAUAAAACUGGACCCAGGAAGUUUAUAUGAGGUGGAGAUGUCUGCCUACAACUGUGCUGGAGAGGGGCAGACAGCAAUGGUGACCUUCAGGACUGGACGUCGACCCAAACCAGAUAUCAUAGCCAGCAAAGAGCAGCAGAUUCAGAAGGAUGACCCUGGCACCAGCUCUCGGAGCAGCAACCAAUCCGACAAUACUCGCCUGUCGCCUCCCGAGGCUCCAGAUCGCCCCACCAUCUCAAUGGCAUCUGAGACAUCUGUCUAUGUGACUUGGAUCCCCCGUGGAAAUGGAGGCUUCCCCAUUCAGUCAUUCCGAGUAGAAUAUAAGAAACUGAAGAAGCUGGGGGACUGGGUGCUGGCCACAAGUGACAUCCACCCUUCUCGUCUCUCUGUGGAAAUUGCAGGACUAGAGAAAGGCACAUCCUACAAAUUUCGAGUGCGAGCAUUGAACAUACUGGGGGAGAGUGAGCCAAGUGCUCCAUCUAAACCACAUGUGGUAUCGGGCUACAGCAACCGUGUAUAUGAGCGCCCGGUCACAGGGCCAUACAUCACCUUCACGGAUGCCAUCAAUGAGACCACCAUCAUGCUGAAGUGGAUGUACAUUCCAGCCAGCAAUAACAAUACUCCAAUUCACGGUUUUUACAUCUAUUAUCGACCAACUGACAGUGACAAUGACAAUGAUUACAAGAGGGAUACGGUAGAAGGUGACCGGUACUGGCAUUCUAUCAGCCACCUCCAGCCAGAGACUUCAUAUGACAUUAAGAUGCAGUGCUUCAACGAAGGUGGGGAGAGUGAAUUCAGCAAUGUGGUGAUGUGUGAAACCAAAGCUCGCAAAUCUGCAGGAGUGCCUGGUCGCCUCCCACCAUCUACAGUAUCUACAAUACAUCACCCCCCACCCAACAGUGGCCAUAAUUUCUUAGGGGCAGGGGCCAUGGUGGCUCGCUCCAGUGAUUUGCCAUACUUGAUUGUAGGGGUGGUGCUGGGCUCCAUCGUUCUCAUCAUUGUGGCAUUCAUUCCAUUUUGCCUUUGGAGGGCUUGGUCCAAGCAGAAGCAGAGCAUAGACCUGGGUUUUCCUGGUGCAGGGCUGCUGGUGUCCUCUUGCCAGUACACCAUGGUGCCCCUGCAAGGGGUCUCCACUCCUCGAGCUAAUGGGCUGCGUUAUGCGAAUGGCGUGCAUCUGCCAGCACACCAGGGAGCCAAUGGCCAUUUCCCCUCAGCUACAAUUGGAUAUCCCAACACAAAGUCACAGGAUUACAGCCCAGAUGAGGUUCAACAGCAGAAUGAGACCAAUGCGUUUCUGCAGGGGAGGGUGCUGCAAAAUGGAAAUAUUCCAGCUGAACACCAGAGGUCACCUAGUCCUGGACCAGAACAGAAUUGUUUUCUCUAUGGGCUUCCAGAUGACUCCACACACCAGCUGCUUCAGCAACAUGACAAUUGCCAUCAUCAUGAACAAUACCUUGGCCUGGGUCACUCUGUGCCGCAAGGCAAAAUGGGCAACUCCACUAAGGAAAUCAUGAAGGAUCCUGUCUUCCAUACAGAUUCUGCCUGCUGCCUUGGUCUAGUACCAGUUGAAGACGUAGAGAGGACAGAUUUCUGCCAAGAUAAACGACAAGUGUGGCCCCCAAACACAGUGGACACUUGCUUGGCCGGAAGCACAGAGAAGCAUCUGAACAGCCUGCCACUGCAUGUUCCCUUAGAGACUCUUCCUGGCACCAGUUAGGGAACUAAUUGCCUUACAAAGACUAUUCUAAACAGAAAAAGGGUUAUUUAUUUUUGUAUUACAUCUCUAUUUAUAUAUUUAUGCACUUGUAAAUAGAUGUGUAUCUGCCUUCUAUAAUGACGCUGAAAGAAAUGGCAUCAUGUGCAAGAGGUAAUAAACUGAGGCAACAGCAUGUAUUUCCAUCAGAUCACGACUUGGAAAAGGCAGCUUCCUACUCUCAGCAACAGAAUAAGCACAAGGGCAAGAGCUGCAUUUCCAGCUGCAAGAAGGUUCUCUAAAUGGUGAGAUUAUGGGAAAGGGUCUUUACUUGCCUCCCAGCAGGAGGAAUCUCAUUGCAGAAUGCCAAAAGAAAACAGAUAUAAAGUAGGUACCAUAUUUAUCUGCAUUAACAAGCAAUAUAUACAAGCACAGAUUCUGUGAUAGUGUGCCUAUAUAAUGAAACCAAUGCCAUGCUUCAUCAAGUAAAUAAAGACUGUUUCUUCCCUUUGA